CCGCGUCACGUGAGCUCAGUCUUGUGACGGGCCCGAGCGCUGGGAGCCGCCGCGGCCGCGGGCACGUUGCUGCUGCUGCUGCUGUCUGGGGGCGCCUGGGCUCCGGUCCCGCCGCGGAUGCGCUGCGGGCGGGGGCGGCUGGCUUGGCCGAGAGCCCCUCUCUAGCGGCGCGCUCCCCCCCUCCCCUCCGGCCCGGGGGCGGCUCAGGGAAAGUUGGGCGCCGCUUCCUCUCCCCGCGGGGUCUCUGCGCUGCUCCCCCCCCCGGGGGCCCCUCGCCGGGUCCCAGCAUGGACAACAAGCCUCUGCUGCAGGAGCGGCCCCCCGCCUACACCCCGGCCUCGCAGGGGGGCGACUACGGACAGAGCAACUACGGGGCCAUCCCCCCUCCUCAGCCGGGCUUCCAGCCGCCUCCGCCCUACCCCUACCCCAGCGCUGCUGCCGCCGCCCCUGCAGGAUAUGCUGCACCACCGCCACAGCAUAACUAUCCCAACAUGUACACCAUCAUUCAACAGCCAGCUACCACCACCUCCGUUGUCGUGGUUGGAGGUUGCCCUGCCUGCAGCUCCUGUCUCUGGGCUCCCAUCGCUAUAGUCCAUCAGUGUUUCACCAAUAUUAACAAACUUAUCCUCACAAAACCACCGUGAAGUAUGGAACUAUCACUACCUCAAUUUAUGGCUGGGGAACUGAGUCACUGAGAGAUUGAGACCUAACCAAGGUCAUCAAGGAAGUCUAUAGGAGAGGUGGGAAUUAAACUUUGAUCUUCUGAAUCCCAGUCUAGUACCUCAACCACAAGACAAUCCUUCCUCUACGGAAUUUAUGUUAUAUAAAUAACUAGAAACAGUAGCUAAACAUUAUGUUCAAUAUACUUGGCUAAAAUUUCAACUAUUUUAUAAAGAAAAAACAUUGAAAAUAGAAGAUAAAGAAAAAGGUUAAAAGAAUAAGUAACAUGAAAUGAAGACUGAAGGAAGGAAGUGCAAAUA